AUGCCGACGGCGCAGGAGCGCCUGGCGGCGGCGUCGGAGCGCGCGGUGCCCGUGCAGGUCGGGCUCAUCGACGACGCCGUCGUCGUCGGCGCGGCGCCCUUCGACGUCGAGGAGUCGGUGGCCGACGUCGGGCCCUGGCUGCGUCGGCCGAUCAUCGCGCGCGAGGCCGUCGUGCUCGAGCGCCUGCCCGCGACACCGCGGCGCGGCGGGAGGCCCGGCCCGCGGCCCGAGCCCCCGAACCGCGUCGAGUGGUUCUGCUUCCCCGAGGGCGAGGUCGUGCUCAAGUGGCGCAAGAAGCGGCCGCCGAGCCGCUGCCACGCCUUCGCGCUCCACGCCGAGGGCCCGCCGGUGCGCGGCGUCGUGCUCGUCGCGUGGCGCGCGUGCGGCCGCUGGGCCGCGGACGGCGGCCGCUGGGCGCCGCGGGCGCCGGAGGCGCACCAGCGGGGCGGCGCGCGGUCCCGGAGGCUCUGGGCGCCCGUCGCGCUCUGCCUGCUCACGCGCCUGGGCGUCGUGCCGGCGCUCGUCGCGCUCGAGCAGGCCGAGCCGUGGCUCGCGGCGCGGUGGGCCGGCGGCGGCGACGACGGGCCGUCGCUCGUCGCGCGGCUCGCGCAGCUCGCCGACGAGGCGCCGCGGCCCGUGCGCGGCGCCCUGAGCCUGCUGGCCGCGGGCCCGCUCGGCCACCUCGUGGACGCGCGCGAGCGCGUCGGCGCGCCGUCGGCGCGCGCGGCGCGGCCCGCGACGCUCGCGGGCGGCGGCGCGCUGCCGCGGCCCGUCGGCGGCGGCGGGAGCCUGUGGCUGGCGGCGCUCCUCCUGGGCCCCGAGGGCCUGGCGACGGCGCUGGCCUGCGUGCUCCUCGAGCGGCCGCUGUGCCUCCACGCGGAGUCGACGACGGUCCUCGCGCCCGUCGCGGAGGCGCUCCUCGCGCUGGCGGCGCCGCUGGAGUGGGCCGGCGUCUACGUGCCCGUGCUGCCGAAGCCCCUCCUGGAGCUGCUCGACGCGCCCCAGGCCUUCCUGCUCGGCGUCGAGUCGAAGUGGAUCGACCGCGGCUUCUACGCCGAGAGGCGGCGGGCCGAGGCGGCCGCGGGCGCGCGGGACCGCGAGCGGCGCGCGGCGCGCGGCGAGGAACCGGUCUCCGCCGAGGACCUGCGGCUGCCCGGCGCGGAAUCGGGCCCCGACGUGACCAUCGGCCCCGGCGUCGUCCUCUUCGACCUCGACGCGCGCGCCGUCGACGCGCCCGGCGGCGAGGACCCGCCGGCGCUGCCCCCGGCGCCGCGGGACGCCGUCGUCGCCGCGGCGCGCGCGCUCCGGGAGCAGGCCUGCCUCGCGGCGCACGGCGACGGCGACGGCGACGCGGCCGGCGAGGGCGCCGCGCGCGCGCCGCACGUCGGCCUCCAGGCCGCGGAGGCGCGGCUCCAGCUCGCCUGCGCGGCGGCGGUGCUCGACCUGCUGGACCCGGGCCACGACCGCGCGGCGGCGGCGGCGCCCGCGCGCCGCGGCCUCGAGCCGAAGACGCGCGGCGUCAUCGCCGUCGCGCGCUGCGCCGCGGCCGCGCGCGCGUUCACGCGGGCCCUCGGCGCGGCGGACGCGGACGUCGUCGCCGCGGUCCACGGGCCCCGCGACGACCGCUUCGCCUACCGCCUCCCGCCGCCCCUCGACCCGGACGACGACGACGACGGCGCGCCGCCGGCCGACGCGCCACCGCCGCCCGCGCCCGCCGCCGACGCGCCGCCGGACGCCGCCGCCGACGCGGCGGCGCCGCCGCGCCUCGCGUGGCGGCCGCCGCGGCUCCUCGACCACGUCGGCGCGCCGGCGCCGCCGCCGACGCGCGUCUACCGCUACGGCACCCUCGCGGACCUCCUCGGCGUCUCCCUCGCCGAGCUCCGCGAGGCCCUCGAGCCGCCCGAGCCGCCGCCGACGAACGGCGGCACGUCGCCGCGGUCCUUCGCGCGCGACGCCGACGCCGACGAGGCGUCGACGUCCGAGGAGGACAGCCUGCCGCCGCCGCCCGUGGAAACGCGGCCUCGAAGCGGCUCGGAUCCGCGCGAUGACGCCGACCUCGCGUCGCCGGCGAGCGAUGGCGGGACCCCGACGGCGCUGACGCCCGUCGCCCUGCCCGUGCUCCCGCCGCACGCGUCGCCCGUGCCCCCCGCGCGCGCCCUCGGCGCGGAGCCGCGGCCGUUCGAGGCGGUCCGCGCGGCGCUCGGCGCCGCGGCGCCGCGGGCGUCGCGCGCGGACCGCUUCGAGCCGCUCGCGGCCGUGGUCUGCGCCGCGCUGUCGUCGGCGCUGCGGCGGCAGCUCGGCGUCGACGGCCUGUCGGCCGACGACGCGCGCGCGCUCCGCGGGGCCAUCGCGCGGCGCGACCGCGACGUCCUCGCGCUGCUCUCCGCGGUCGCGGCCGCGGACGCGGCGCCGGCGGCGCCGGCGCCGGCCGCCGCCGGCGGCGGCGGCGGCGCGCGCCGCGGCCCCCGGGGCGCGAACGCGCUCGCGCGGCGCGCGGACCGCGAGGACGUCGCGGCCGCGCCCGUCGCGCUCGUCGCCGCGCCGCCGGUCGCGGCGGGCUCGCUGCUCGCGGCGGGCGACGACGGGUCCCGCGCCGCGCGGACGUCCUACGAGCAGGUCGACAUCGCCUGCCUGCUGCGCAACGUCGUGGCGUCGUCGGCCCUCGACACCGCGCGCAUGACGGCCUUCGACGAGAACAACGACGGCCUCGUGCAGUUCGGGGAGAUCGCGCGCAUCUUCGGCGAGCUGCUGCGCGUGCGGCUCCUCGACGGCGAGAUCGAGGCGCUCUACGACCUGCUGGACAACUCGCUGGACCACAUCCGCCUCGUCGACCUCGCGCGGUUCCUCGACCCGCGCGACGCGCCGCGCGGCGGCGCCGCGGGCGCCGCGCCGGGCCGCCUCGAGCUCGCGCGCGCGUCGACGGUGACGACCGUGGCCCUGUCGCCCGACGGGAGCCGCGUGGCCUGCGGCGGCAUGGACUUCUACUGCGUCGUCUGGGACGCGCGCCGCGACCUGUGCCGCGACGCGCGGCUCUACGAGCGCCGCUUCCCGAAGCAGGUCGGCGCGGUCGCGCUCGGCGCGCGGGGGCUCGCCGUCGGCUGCUUCGCGCCGGGCCACCUCGACUACGUCGCGGACCUCGGCGCCGGCGGGGGCGAACCGGCGCCCGGCGACGCCGCGUGGCAGGCGGGCCGCGACGUCAACGCGCUCGCGCUCUUCGAGCGCGCGGGCGAGCUCGCCGUCGCCGCGGGCGACGCCGUCGUCAUCUACGCCGUCGCGCAGCGCGCGGAGCUCUACCGCUUCGAGGCGUCGGGCACGGCCUGGGGCGUCGCGCUCGGCGCGUCGGAGAACCACGAGCUCUCGCGCGCGCGCGGCGGGCCGCCGGUGCGCUUCGCCGUGCCGAGCCGCGACGCCGAGGACGCGGCCGAGUGGCCCGAGUGGGACUCGGCCCUCGCGCGCCAGCAGUCGACGCUGCGGCGCGCGAAGACGCACCGCGUGCUCGAGGUCGGCGCGUCCGGCGACGGCGAGGACUCGCGGCUCCGCGUGACGGACGCCGGGGCGACCUACGUCCACGAGGACGCGGCGCUGCGCGUCGUCGAGGGCGAGAGCUCGCGGACGCGCGUCGUCUCCGUCCACGAGAGCCUCGACAAGAAGCGCCUGCUGGGCCCAGGGCAGGACAAGAGAGCGAAAUUCCCAACUUCAAAGGCUCCGAUCUCGGCCGUUUUCCACUCGCUGGGCCUCGACGCGGCGCUCGCGCUCGGCUGCGUCGCGGGCGCGGCGCUCCGGGGCCGGGGCGCGCUGAGCGCGGCGCAGUACGCCGCGGCGGACCUCUGGGUGACCUUCUUCUACCUCCUCGAGCUCGUGAUCCGCGGCAUCUGCCACGUCGAGGUGCACCACUCGCUCUGGAAGUUCGCGCGGGACCCCGCGUGCGUCGCCGACGGCGCCGUCGUCGCCCUGGGCCUCGCCGCCGUCUUCGUGCGCCACGCGCCCUACGUGUCCUGGGGCCUGGCCCUGAGCAAGUGCGCGCGCUUCCUCCGCGCCGCGCGGUCCUGCGCGCGCCACCUCCGGGGGCUGAGGCACGCGCGCGCCGCGUCCGGCCGGACCUACGCGGUCGAGCUCGACGGCGGCGCCGUCGUGGGCGACGUGGACCGGCGCGACAUCCUGACGAACCCGGAGCGGCGCUACGUCGACAUGCGCCGCGCCGCGGGCGACGAGGUCAUGGCGCCGCGCGGCUUCGGCGCCGCGCGCGCGCGGAGCGGCGACGAGCGGGAGACGCGAGGGUCGCGGGGCCGCUCGGAGGCGCCGGAGCCCCUCGGCACGACGCCGCCCAUGCCGCGGCUGAAGCGCUUCGCGUCGCGGCGCUGGAAGCGGACCCGGACGUCGCGCGCGGAGGCCGACGCGGACCCGCACGCCAAGGGGUCGCUCGGCGAGCGCGACCGCAUGCCCGUCUGGGUGAGAUUCCGCUGCGCGUCGCGCACCGUGGAGACGCACAAGUACGUCGCCUUCGGGGGCGAGUCCGGCCGCGCCGAGGUCUGGCGCUACGACGUCGCGGGCCGGCCGCGGCCGCCGGCGGACGGCGGCGCGCGCGACGCCGUCGAGUGCGCCGCGGGCGCGUCGCCGCGGACGAGCCGCCACGCGAGCCGGGCCUGGUCCAUGCGCUUCGACCACACGGUCAACUGCGUGUCCCUGUCGGGCUCGACGCGGCGCGUCGCGGCGUGCGCGCGCGAGGUCGUCGUCGUCUACGACUUCGACAGCCGCUGCGUCGUCUUCCGGCUCGACGCGGGCGACGCGCUCUACAGCGUGGCCCUGUCGCGCAGCGGCAAGUCCGUGCUCUUCGGCGGCGCGUCCAAGGAGGUCAAGCUCUGCGACGUGACGACGGCCGCGCUCCGCUACGAGGCGCGCGCGGACGACCGCGUCCGCGCGGUCGCGCUCUGCGGCGACGACGAGGUGCUGGCCUUCGGGGGCUUCGACGCGACGCUGCGCCUGCACCACGUGGGCCGCGGCGCGCCCUGUGCCGUCGGCGAGUGCGGCGCGACCGCGCGCGCCGUGGCCGUCGACCGCGCCGGCGCCGUCCUCGCCGUCGGCGGCGACGACGCGCUGUGCCGCUGCUACGACCUCGUGCGCGGGUCCCUGUCGCAGCCUUCCUGGAGCGCGAAGCACCGGGGCAAGGUCUGGACCGUCUCUGUGACUCCGGACGGGACCCGCGUCGCGGCCGGCGACUACGCGAACGCCGUCGUGCUCUACGCCGCGGCCGACGGCGCCGUGCUCUGGCUCAAGACGUCGUGGCUCGGCAAGGGCGCGCCCUUCACCUGGGCCGUCCACUUCUCCGGCGACGGCGACACGCUCGCCAUCGGCCACUGGGACGCCUACGCCUACCUCGUCGACGCGGCGGACCUCCGCGAGUUCGGCGCGAUCGAGCGCGGCGACCGCGUCUACGCGGUCGCGCUGUCGAGCGACGGCGCGCUCGUCGCCGUCGGCGGCCGGGACAAGCGCGCGGCGGUCUACGCCGUCGACGGCGACCACAUCGCCGCGCUCUUCGAGACGGUCCACGAGGCCUUCGUGUACGCGGUCGCGCUGAGCCGCGGCCGGCGCGGGAACCGGGCGAUUCGAGCGAGCUUCGACGCGCGCGGAACGCGCGCGACCGUUCCGGAAAAAGCAUCCGCGCGCCACGACGACGCCGUCCUCGCCGUCGGCCGCGUCGACUGCCUCGUCGCCGUCUUCGACGUCGCGAGCGAGGCGCGGACGGCGACGAUCGCCAUGGAGGGCCUCGUGCAGAACCUCUGCUUCGCGCCCGCGGCGCGGGACCUCGCCAUCGCGGCCGAGCAGAACACGGUCGACGUCUGGGACCUGUCGGACGCGUCGCGGCCGCGCGAGAAGCUCGUCGUGACGCGCCACGCGACGACGAACGACGUCGCGCUGAGCCUGCGGGGCUUCGCGUUCUGCAACGGCACGAUCUUCAGCACCAUGGGCGUCGGGAGCCGCGUGCCGGCGUGGUACGACGCGCUGAACCACGAGGUCGCGCGCGCGACGCUCGACCACCCGCGCGCGCUGCGCGCGGCGCUCCGGCUCCACCGCACGCUCGUGAACCAGGUGAACCCCGUGAGCGGCGAGUCGAUCCUGCAGUACGCGGUGCGGAAGAAGUCGCGGCGCGCCGUGGACCAGCUGCUCCACGCGGACUGCCCCAUCGGCCUCCUCGGCGACUGCAACGGCAUGAACGCGAUCACCGUCGCGCUCGCGAACGAGCGCAAGGGGGCGUUGAGCCAGCUGCUGGACGUCAUGAUGACGUCGCUGGACGGGUCGCCGCUCGCCGCGGCCGCGUUCAGCAACGCGCACGCGGCCAUCGCGGACCAGUACCCGGACCUCUACCUCGACUUCAUCUCGCGGUCCUUCCUCAUCCACGACACGGACGUCGUGCCCCCGGGCCACAACUUCGCGCUCAUGCCGCCGACGGGCGCGUCCGUGACCGCGGGCAGCGACCACCGGUCGCCCGCGGACUUCUGGAGCGACUUCCUGGUCAAGGCGGGCGCGCGGUUCCGCUACUUCGAGCACCGCGAGUCCGACGACGGCGCGGCGCACCGGCCCAGCGGCGCCUUCCACGCGCGCAACUCGUUGCGCCACAUGCUGAGCCGCCGGUCCUUCGACGGCGGCCGGGCCGGCGCGGCGCCGACGUUCGCCAACUUCGCGACCCUGGGCGGCGCCGGCGUCCGCGCGCACCUCAAGAAGACGGAGGUCGCGGCGAUGAUCGUGCCCUUCGAGCGCGUGCUGGGCACCUUCGGGGGCGACGCCGUGAGCCAGGACUCCGUGCUCGCGCUCGCGACGCGGUGCGCGGCGUCGAUGAACGACUACCGGGUCUUCGAGAGCCAGAUGGUCCGCGCGAUCAUCCAGUUCAAGUGGGACCACUACGCGCGGUCCAUCUUCAUCGCCCAGUGCGUCCUCUGCGUCUUCCACUUCGCUUUGGUCAUCGCGCUCUACGUCGCCGUGACGCCGGCGAUGCGGCUGCCGACGCGCUGGGACCCGGGCGACCGCGGCCGGCCCGCCCACGGCCUCGGCGAGGUCUUCGCCCUCGCGCUCUACCUGCCCGUGGUCCUGCUGACCUGCUUCCUCCUGGGGCUCGAGGUGCGGCAGAUGCUCCUCGAGGGGUCGCAGAACUACUUCGCGGGCCACGCGGUCUGGAAGGCGCUCGACCUCGCGUGCCUGUCGCUCCAGCUCCUCGUCGACGGCCUCCUCGCCAUGGAGGUCGGCGGCUGGCUGCUGGCCUUCUUCGCCUGCGUCAACGUCCUCUUCUUCAACUGGCGCAUCAUCUCCUUCGCGCGGGGCUUCGAGAACUGGGGGCCCCUCGUGCGCAUGAUCGUGAAGAUCGUCUGGGAGGUGCGCUUCUUCUCCGCCGUCGUCGCGCUCAUGCUCGUCGGCUUCUGGCUCGCGUUCGCCAUCGGCAUGCAGGAGACGCCGACGGAGUGGCUCAUGGUCUUCCUCUUCAACGCGGGCUUCUACGGCGAGUACGAGAAGGACUACCUGAGCGGGGACCAGGGCUUCUACGACUGGCGCAUGGACCGCCAGCUCCCCAUCACGACGGUCCUCCAGCUCUUCAUGCUCAUCUUCGGCGUCCUCGCGCUCAACCUGCUCAUCGCCAUCAUGAACAGCGCCUACGAGCGCGUCCGCGCGUCCGCCGUCGCGGAGAUGCUCCACGAGAAGAGCAUGAUCAUCCUCUCCAUCGAGCGCCUCUGGCUGCCCAUGGUCAUCUCGGCCUACGGCAUCCCCCACGACUACUUCUUCCCGCGCUGGCUCCUCCUCCUCGGGCCCAUCUCCAUCCUCGACGUCUCCGAGGAGAAGCGCCGGGCCAUGCACGACCGGGUCGUGGGCAUGCGGGAGUCGCUAAGCUGAAGCUCCGAGGUUUAGGGCCCCUAG